AUGCUUAAACUUUUCGUAUUCGCUUGCUUCUUGGCUUUGGCCGCAGCAAAGCCCCUGCUCUCAGUGGCUUACACUGCACCAGUAGCCGCAGCGUACACCGCCCCCGUAGCCGCAGCCUACACGGCGCCCGUAGCAUACUCCGCAUAUAGCGCACCCAUUGCUGCCUACUCCGCAUACACGUAUGCUUCCCCCUACGCUGCCUACUAUCUGCGC